AUGUGCUGUCUUGUCCAGGCGGGUGAGUCCCUCUGGGCGCACGCUACUGGUGACCUUCCUGCGCCCGACGACCCUACGCCUUUAGGCUCUGCCCUUGACGGCGCUGCUAGAGCCUGCUUUGCCAGCCAGCGUGCUGACCUAACGGCGAGGAAGUCGCGUGACGCUGCGGCCUGCAUCGCUCUUAGCAGCCUCCUCCCUGAGUCUGAGGAGGCCCACUUCACUCAGGUUUGCACUGCUAGUGAGUUCUUGACUGCGAUUAAGGCCCGCUACACUACUCCCACCACUAUCUCUCUUGGCCGAGUCUUCCUACCGUUCCUGUUCCCUGACCUCGCCUCGUUUGAGCGCUCUGCUGACUUGAUUGCUCACCUCCGCUCGCUUGAUUCUAGCUACCGCGCUGCUUGCACUGACGUACAGCUUGUGCUGCUCCCUCCCCCCAUGGCGAUUACUAUCUACUUCAUCGCCACUAGCCUCCCUGACCGCCUUGCCUCAGUCCGUGACACGCUUCUUCUGAAGCACCCUAGUGAGCUCACUAUCGACGUCCUUGAGUCUGCGCUCAAGGACAUCGAGAGCAACCUCUGCUCCGUAGCCUCCGCCUCUGGUGUUGUGCCCCCUCCACUGUUCCACGGGUGCACUGUCCCUCAGUUGCCCACCUUUACAGCUUCUCUCACCACUACUGCUACUGACGUGACCGCAGCUGCUGUUACGACUUCUUCACAGUCUCGAGGUAGAGGUGGCAAGAGGGGCGGUCAGGGUACAGGUGGCGGCGGCGGUGGAGGCGUUGGCGGUGGAGGUGGCGGGGGUGGCGUGCCGACUGGUGGCGGCGGGAGUGCAGGGCCUGGAGAGGCGUCUUGUGCAGCGGCCGGUGACCCCGCUACUGCAGCUGGUGGAGGCGACGCCCGGGCUCGUCAGCCACCUUCUGGUCUGCCGGCCGCGGCGGGUGGAGCAGCGGCGUGGAACUUGGUGGGCGUGAGGCCUCUUGUGAGUCAGCACGUGGGUGUGUGGAUUGAGCCCUCUGGUGAGACGGCGGUUGCUGCGUCCCCCCAGGUAGCUGUGUCUGGUCAGGUUCCCAUGUCUGGUCCAGUUGCUGCGUCGUGCUCCUGCCGGUCGCUUGCACACCCCACCGUUCUGUGGCACCACCGGACGGGGCACCCGUCCCUCCCUCGUCUGCGCGCUAUGUCUUGUCAGCGACUUGUCUUAGGCCUCCCGCGUGUCUUGCCGUCGUUGUCACCUUCGCUUGCACCGGUGUGCAGUCCCUGCGUCGAGGAUCGGCUGCGCGCCACCCCUCACUCCUCCUCCCUUCGUCCGGCCAUCGAGCCUUUUGAGACGCUCCACUUGGACGUCUGGGGCCCCGCCCCUCGCCUUGGCCAUGAGCGUGAGCGUUUCUUUUUGGUCGUUGACGACUACUCCCGCUACACCACAGUGUUCCCCCUGGCAAAGAAGUCUGAGGUGACUUCUACGCUGAUCACGUGGUUGCUUACCACUAAGGGCACUCGUGGUCGUCGUGUCAGCUGUCUUCACUCUGACCGUGGGGGUGAGUUUCACUCCGGCAUCCUCGCUGGAUUCUGUCGCGAGCAGGGCAUUCGUCAGUCCUGGACGCUUCCAGAGUCCCCACAGCAAGAUGGGGUUGCUGAGUGCCGCAUAGGCUUGGUCAUGGAGAUCGCCCGCACCUCCUUGACUCACGCCCGUGCCCCCCAUUUUCUGUGGCCCUACGCGGUUAGGUACGCCGCUCACCAGCUGAACCUCUGGCCACGCGUCUCUCGGCCAGAGGCUUCACCGACCAGUCUUUGGACCGGGUCCCCUGGUGUUGCAACGAGGUUUCGUGUCUGGGGUUGCUUGGCUCUUGUCCGCGACACUUCCGCGGACAAGCUCUCGCCUCGCGCCGUUCCCUGUGUCUUCCUUGGUUUCCCUGAGGACUCCUCUGACUUCACCUUUUACCACCCUCCCUCUCACCGGUUCUUUGACUCCCGUGACGUCCGUUUUGAGGAGUCCACCCCCUACUACGUCAGGUACCCCAGUCGAGGUGUGUCCCAGGCUACCCCUCCCUCCUCGGUAGCCACUCAGGUGCAGCCUCCUUCCCCGCAGUCCUCCUCGCAGCCUACUGCAGACCCUGUGGGAGCCGGUGCUCGUGAAGAGGGCCCUAAAGCCUGA